ACGCACGAUGUCCCAUAAUCACCAAACACGUGUAGUAUGCGUUUCUGCAGGAGUCAAUGACCGUUUCAUUCAGCGUGAUCAGAUCGCAAAAGGUGGAGUUAGACAGGCACGACAUGCAAAAGGUCGAACGCAGGAGGCCUCGUGUUUGCCUCGGUUUCGGGCGCUGGCCGAGAGUGGCACAUGCACAUACACAUGCCAGACUCCUGACUUUAUCCUCGACAUCGACAAAGGAUUAUCUCAUCGGGGUACACCCAAAGCCCGUUGUCCAUCGCGGAAAAUGCGGUAUCGACCGUCAGAUAGCGAUUCAUCUCAUGACAUUAUAGCCGUCAAAGCCCCCGUGGCUCGCAAACACAGACAUCCCCGAGCACCAACGACAGUGCAGAUCGUGGAUGAUGACUUUGACGCUGUGACCCAUGACGACUUUGAGACUGCAUCGGAGAAGCGGGGGUAUGAUGGCGUCACGCAGGUGCAUGUCCACAAGGAUGAGGUGCUUAAUGGGGCCGCACGAUAUAGCGGCGUGUAUGGAGAGUGGGCAGAGAGACAUGAGGUUAACCAUCGGCAGGCUCCUGAUCUGCAACAGGAUGAAUACCUUUAUGCCGAAGAACUUGCGAGGCGGAUGCUUGAUGCGGGGCUCAAUGAUCAAGAAAGCGAACAUUCCUCGCAGAAGCAGCAACAACACAAUGGAAUCGUGCAGCGCCAUACGUCCGAGGCAAGAUCGGGAGACGUUGAACGUGGAGGGAAGGUCUCCAUGUGGAGGGAAGAUGUUGCGAGAAAUGAGAAGGAUGAAUUUGGGAACGUGGUCGGAAACAAGGGCGGUGAUACCGCCCAACGGAUCCAGCAGUGGCGAAGCAAAUCACCGCCAGCUUUACCCAGAGAUAUAGAGAACCUGAAGCAAGGUCUCAGAAGAAGCCGCUCGAGCGUUUCUCAGACAUAUCGCUCAGAGAGAUUGUACACACCUUCCGAUCUCAAUGCAAACUGGUCACCUCAGGUGAAGAAAGGAACCACGUCGAAACGCGACAAACGGGGUGGCCCCCCGAGCCCUACCCGUUCGGAACGGAUAUACACGAUGGCUGAGCUGAAAGCGCUAUCCAAGCAUGCUAGAACCUCACCAUUACAACCGCAGCCGACUACUUUUUUACAAGAACCACCACUGACAAGGAGUAGCAACAGCAACUCACCUCCACGCAGCGGUAAAAGCUGGCCUUCCCCACCCGUCAUGGGUGUACGUUCAACUUCCACGUCAUCGGUUGAAAUGGUGCUUGCGUCUUGCGAGCCAACGUUGCUUCACAUAGCGCCUGUACUUGCCGGUCUUGGUAUUCGGCGUGAAGAGCACCUACGGGCGUUCGCCCGAUUGCGAGAAGAGACGCGAGAUAGGGAGAUGAAGGAGGAGGUGUUGAAGAAAGGCGUGACUGUCCUUGAGUGGGCGAUUUUGAUGGACAAACUUCAGUCUUUCUGAUGCUUACUGGCAAAGAACCGGUUUACUUUGGAUAGCGUACGGUACAAUAUAUAGCGAUUCUUUCAUAUAGGUGGGUUCUGUGAAUAUUUGAUUGCAUUCGACCAUAGUCUCCCUGUAACAGGAUUUAACCAACAUUCGAAAUUACCGACAGGCGGACGUCACCGGACCGACAGCGUCACCCCCUCAUAUGGUACUCGGUCGUACAAGCGAGUU